GGCUGUCAGUGCGUAACAAUUUAUGUACAGAUCCAUAAUUUGUUGUCGCUUACCACCCACAGACGCAAUCAUCGGAACGACAUGAAGAGGACAAAACAAAACAGGUUUUCUAAUCGCCGUAAAAACAAAGUCGACAAGAGCACACAAAAUCACCAGCAAAACCAGACAGUACAGUCCGACACUGAAGAGAGCGUCCAAUUGCCACGAAAGAAAGUAAGAUGGGAGGGCAAUUCCGAAUCAGCGGAAGCAGUAGCAGAUACGGAGAACGGCCCUAGCUCGGAGGACGAUGCGAGCACAUCAAAGAUCUGCUUGACAAUAUUUUGCCAGUCAGGACGCAUUGCAGGCGCCUACUAUGAUUCCGUCAGGUGUAUAGUCUAUGUACUUGAAGAUACGCAAGAGGAUAUUCACUUCGAUCUUACGAACAUGCUUCUCGAGCAAUGCAACGCUGACAUAGUGUUGACCAGCUCCAAAGCUGAUGACCCGUUUAUAUCGGUCCUUCAGAAAUUUGCUGAGGCUUCUGGAGGGGUCUUUCAAAUUAGGCCACAUAAAGAGUUCACUCCUCACAGAGGGAGAGACCGCUUGUUAUCGCUUCCUUUUCUCUCCGAGUUGACAACUGAAGAUACUGGUCAAUGUUUGUCAUCCGACAAUAGUUCAGGUGCUGAGCCAGGAAACGCAUAUGAAUUUAUGCAAAAGCGCAAACAGGCAGCAGGCGACCCAACUAUGAAAAGAUGGAAUGCGGCGAUUAGGUUGGCCAACUAUGCAUCGGUGGAAUCUUCUCCUCUUUGCAUCUCGUGCCUUGGCGCUCUGCUCGACUAUCUUACGAGAGAGCGAGCGGCGAGUGACCUGGAUGAUGAUGCAGGCGUCGAGGGGCUCAACAUCUCCGGCAUCGAAGUGUUGACCAUAGAUCAGGUCAUGCAUAUCAAUGCUGAGGCACUGUUUUCGCUUCAGAUAUUCGAAAACGAGAGUCACGCGUCCAUCCACUCUGAUAAGACAAAAGAAGGUUUGUCGCUUUUUGGUAUCCUUGAUAAUACUCGGACACCCUUGGGUCGUUCGUUACUCCGCACCUGGCUCAUGCGUCCAUCUCUGUCCAUUCCUGUAAUCGCCGCCCGCCAUGACGCUAUCGAAUGCUUUCUACACCCGGAGAACUUAGCACCUGCGAGUGCUUUACAGACUCACUUGAAGGGUAUCAAGAAUAUUCCGAGGAUUCUUGGACUCCUGCAAUCUGGAAAAGCUGGCGUUGGUGACUGGCAAGGCCUAGUGAAGUUCACAUAUCACUCUGCAAUGCUACGCGACGCCCUGGCGGAACUUCACGGAGGUGAUCGAGUAGAGAUUGUACAAAAGUUGGUUGCAACUUUGGACAUUGCGAGCUUCAAGGACACCGGAAAUGCUGUCAAUGAGACGAUCGACUGGGAGGAAUCUACCAACAAUAAUCGCAUAUGUGUUAGGCCAUACAUCGACGAGGAACUAGAUCAGAGGAAACACAUUUACGCUGGAUUGGACGCUGUCUUGUGUAAGGUCGCUGAGCAGAUAUGCCAAAACAUUCCUGUGGAUUACACAACGUCCUUGAACGUGGUAUAUUUCCCACAGCUAGGUUUUUUGAUUUGCGUUCCAAUGCAGGAGGAAUGGAGGUCUGAGGAAGGCAUCAAGGUUCUGGAUGGAUGGAACUUCCAGGUAAGUCCCGAUCAUCUUUUCAGCGCCCAUGUGUAUUUCAAAUCGGAAGAGAUGCAUGACAUGGACAUGCACAUCGGCGAUCUCCACCCAUCAAUAGUCGACCGUGAAAUAGAGAUCGUCCAAGAGCUCUCGGAACGGAUCCUUGUAUUUAGUGAAGGGAUGAGACGAACAUGUGACGUUUGUGCCGAAGUGGACUGCCUGCUUGCCUUUGCCGAGGCUUCUCGGGCAUACAAUUACUGUCGGCCUCAGAUGUCAGAGGAUCCUAUCAUCGACAUUGAUCAAGGACGACACCCUUUACAAGAGCAGGUUGUCGAUAUUUUUGUUCCCAAUAAUGCUCAGCUUGUAGCUGGUAUCGGUUUCAGUGGCAGCGCUGAACUGCAGACAGAAGGCAACAGUCUACCAAUGUGUAGCAGCGUUGUUUUGUGCACUGGCGCGAAUGCAUGCGGAAAAGUAGCGAUAUCUGCUACCCUGGGAAUCGUCGACAAAAUCUUUACUCGUAUACAGACCCGCGAAUCAGUAUCCAAAGCCCAGUCCGCUUUUAUGAUUGAUCUCAAUCAGGUCUCCCUGGCCCUCCGGAAUUGUACCGUGAAGUCUCUCAUUCUCCUCGACGAAUUCGGAAAGGGGACAAUCCCUGCAGGCUCGUUCGCUCCACGGUGCAAGCAUAAUUACGGGGCUGGGUUGUUUUGCGGUGUCAUCAAGCAUCUCCUCAACCGAGGAUCUCAAUGUCCCAAGGUUUUAGCUGCCACACAUUUCCAUGAAGUCUUUCAGAAGGACAUGCUCGAUCCCCACAAGUUUCCAAUCACGUUUUUCCACAUGCAGGUGCUCUUCACUUCAAGCAAAGGCAACAACCUCGAUCCCGGUGACGUGUCGAUAUCUGAAGACUUAGACUUGACCAAUCAUGAACGAUCGGAACCUACAUUUUCUGUCGCCCCUGGAGAGAAGAUAACCUAUCUUUAUCGUAUCUCCCCGGGUCUUUCCCGCAAUUCUCAUGCAGCUCAAUGUGCUACGAUAUUUGGUUUGCCGUCCCGUAUUGCGCAGCGUGCACAGUACGUCAGCAAAUUGUUGGGCGACCAUGAACUUGGGCAGCUUUUGGAAGAGAAAAUGACCGCGGAGGAGCAAGAAAACAUCAAGGCUGCUGGGAUUGCCACCUACAAAUUUCUGGCCAUGGAUCUCACGAACGAUUCUCAUGAAAAAGACAUCAAAUCAAGGCUUGUAAAAGUGCUUGGUCGGGUUCAUCAUGAAUGAUUAUAUUCCACCCAUGUGUAUGAUAUCACUGUAAAGAUUACUGUGACUCUAGAAAAUCCAAGCAAAGCCUUCUCAGUCAAAUUUCGGGAAAUAUUAUCUUCCUG